GCGUAGGGUUCCUCCACUCUCUCAGCUGGACGGAUCCACUUUGCGAGAGGGGGAGAAGCCAAAGUCCUGCCUCCUUGAAAAGAGUCUACAUUGGAUCCUCCCUUUUCCUGGCCCCCCUGGAAAGCUGCCUCGGGGGACAACCCAUUGCGUGGAGCGUGUGCUCAAAAGGGAAUCCCUUGGAGGCUCUCUUUCUCCUGCGGCUCCCCCCGCUUGCAGUGUUGGUACGGCCCUGCCCCGUCCAGAGGUUUCCCUUUGCCCCCAAGCGAGAGAAGGAGCGACCAAGCGGGCGGGGGCAGGACCUCCAGCUGCCGACGUGAGCGCCGCGUCCUCUUCUCCUGCUUCGGCGACUUCUCCUUUUUUCCUGAUGCCUUCGCGGCAGAGAGAAGCCGAGAGUCGGGCCAUGCGGAGAGGCGGAGACCCCCAGAGUUUGGCCCCUCUGCCCUGCACCUUGGGGCAUGCCUGGUAGAGGCCGGGAUGAGGAAAAGCCGGGCGCCCCGGGUGGCCCUGGCCACUUGCCUCGCCUCCUUGCUCCUCGUCCUCUUCUACUUCCAGAGCAGCCCCGACCCAGCUGUAGAAGACAGGACUUUGAAGACUGUCUGGCAUGGGAAGUCUGGCCGAAAUCCACUUCAGACGCUUUACAAUAGUGACCAGGUUGAGCAGUCUUCCUUACAAUCUACUCACCAGCGCAGGCGGGAACUGCUGAGCAGCAUGUGCAGCCGUUACACCCGCAAGCGUCGCCUCCUGACUCCUGAUGACUUGCGCCAUUUGGUUGUUGAUGACACCCAUGGACUACUCUACUGCUAUGUCCCCAAGGUGGCUUGCACUAACUGGAAGCGAGUCAUGAUGGUCUUGACAGGGCAAGGCAAGUAUCAGGACCCCCUGGAGAUCCCAGCCAAUGAGGCACAUGUGUCAUCCAACUUGCACACCCUCUCUGAGUACAGCAUCUCAGAGAUCAACUACCGCUUGCGAAACUACCUCAAGUUCAUCUUUGUUCGGGAGCCUCUCGAGCGGCUGGUCUCAGCUUACCGCAACAAGUUCACCCGCAAUUACAACACAGCAUUCCAUAAACGCUAUGGAACAAAGAUCAUCCGGCGGCACCGGCGGGAUCCCACAGAUGAGGCCCUGGAACGUGGCCACGAUGUGCAUUUUGAGGAGUUUGUUUACUACUUGCUGGAUCCACGGACACAACAUGAGGAACCUUUUAAUGAGCAUUGGGAGCGAGUGCAUUCCUUAUGCCACCCCUGCAUCAUCCACUAUGAUGUAGUGGGCAAGUAUGAGACAUUGACCAAGGAUGCCAAUUACAUCCUGCGACUGAUUGGGGCUGAUGCAGGCAUCAAGUUCCCAUCCUCCUCUAAGACCACGAGAACCAAUGAUGACAUGACUGCUAAGUUCUUUCAGAACAUCAGCCCCUUCUACCAAAGGAGAUUAUUUAAUUUAUACAAAAUGGAUUACUUGCUUUUCAAUUACACCAUCCCUUCUUAUUUACAUAUCCGAUGAGACUGACUCUUCCUUCUCUCCUAUUCUUGCUGUGAUGAACAGUUUAGUGGGAACCAUUCUUUAACAAUGCAGCCACAGUUCGAUCUCUUCUCUCUCCCCUGUUUCACUUGAAGGAAUAUACUGAUAUUCACCUGUCACUUAACUAAAGAUAGUUGUUUCUAGAAAGUAGCAGAAUUGAGAUACUGAAAUUGUGGCCCAUUGUUAGGAUUUGGAAGACUCAAACUAGAACAUUCAGAGAAGCAAUAAUAUGUGUCUGUAUUUUUAUAUGUUUACUUAAAAUUCCCACAAGCUUUUCUUUGCUUCAUGGAUUGAAGUAGGGAAAAUGUGAACCAGAAGUGUCUUAUUGAGAACAGUGUCUUAGUCUGAACUGGAAUUUUCUGUGAGAUGCAACCUAUUUCAUCUCAGCUAGCCUGCCCUUCUCAGCUGCCCUUUGGUAUAACUGGCUGUUUUCUAUACCAAAAUCUGUUUAAGGAAACUCAGAGGGCUAACACAGAAACUGUACUGGAGCAAUGCUUUCUAUAUUCUUCCCUUGGGAUAUGUCCAUAAGAGUGGAUGGAUGUACAUGUCCACUUGUGUAUGUGGGUACCGUGACUCAAAGUACAAAUGAAUGACUUUUCUCAAAUAUUAAAAAGCAUGUCCACACAUAGUCGUGUCAAGGAGUGGUUUUCUCCUUUUCUAGUCUCCAGAAAAGUGUGGACCUAGCCAAAUAAAUGUUGGUUCCAGGUUCUUCUCUUUAACAUUGGAGGGGAAACCAUAUUAAGAAAGACACGGUAUGAGAUGACCAGAAAUAUUCUGCUUUAUAAGGAAGAACAUGCAGUAUAGCAAUUCAAAUUCAAGCAUUUUGAGUCCCGUUCCCUCUAGCCAUAAAAAAGGCAUGACUGUCCUGCCAUGUCUCUCUCAGUAAGGGAAAAAUAUAGAACAGGUCCCCUACAUGUUGUUUGUCCUUUUUGAUAAAUAUUAGCUUCUAGUUUGUCAGUUUCUCUCAUGUGCCUGCUGAGAAUGCCCAUAGGAAGAAUGUUUGCGAUCUUCUGGUCUACAGUAAACCUCCCAUGCUCUUUUCCAAUCUUUUCUCUUUUGUGGGAGGUGGCACUCCAGAAGUUAUUAAACUGCAGUCCCCAUGGUCCCACACCAGUGGUUGUGCAGGGUAGGCCUGGUGGAAGUUACACUCCUCCGGAGGGCCAAAUGUUUCCUACUUCUGCUUUAAAAAUCAAACUGUCUUUCUUCUUUUUCAUUUAGAUUUGGAAUAAAAUAAAGAUUCAGGCAUUUAAUUAAUUGUGAAAUAGGGCCAGGUAGACAACUGUGAUGUUUGAGUUGUUAGCUACUGGGGUGCAGGCUGCUAAUUAUUUCAAAAUAAACGCAUGACUGUACAUUCAGGUUGUGCCAAAUGCGUCUGCGUGAACCUUUUCAGGGCAAAAAUCUUGUUUUGGAAGUGUGAGCAUUCUCCCCUUAAUAGAGUCCUCCAAAACCCAAACAAUGCAUCUUAAAAAUGUUGAUUAUUAUGGAAGUGCUCUAUCUUUAUGUCUACACAUGCAUGCAUACACCCCCCCCCAUUUCCUCAGUGUCAUAAUUUUACUUCUUCUCCUUCACUAUAAAUAAUCCCCAGCAGCUAGAGACCAUGUAGUAAAACUGGUGUUACAAUGCUGUGUAACCAUUCUUUACUGAGUUAUGGCAUCAAGAAUUGUAUCCUGCACAAGAUCAGUUGCUUCUGGGGGCAUACACUUUCUCCCUAGUUUGCAGCCCUCCUGAAAAAAAAUCACAAAAGAGCUUGCUUUUCAUCUGGGGUGAAAACUUUUUAAAAUUAUUGUUUUUGGUUAUUGGCAAGUUUUGUUUUUUUCCCUCUAAUCUGUACCUAAGGAAUCUUAUGUGUGCAUAUGUGCUUUUAGGUUGCCUGUUGGCUCCAUUAAUUCCAUAGAGUUUUCUUUGGCAAGGAAUACUCAGAGGUAGUUUUGCCAGUUCCUUCCUCUGAAAUGUAGCCUACAGCACAUGGUACCUUUAAGGUAUUUAGGUCUACCUUAUCUUAAAUGCCAUAGACCAGUGGUUCUCAACCUGUGGGUCCCCAGGUGUUUUGGCCUACAACUCCCAGAAAUCCCAGCCAGUUUACCAGCCGUUAGGAUUUCUGGGAACUGAAGGCCAAAACAUCUGGGGACCCAUAGGUUGAGAAACACUGCCAUAGACCAAUACAUGGCCCAUGCAUUUCAGAAGCCAUUUUCAUUUCAGGGACUAAGUUCAUCCCCAGAGUGAUGAGCCUUUGAUUUGAAUAACAGUGUGCAGUGUGGUGUAGAAAAGGAAAGAUAGGAAACCUUACUGAGUACUGAUGUGAAUUGUAGAGGAGGGGAUUGUGGGUGUAGGUGGACAUUUUGCCAGCAUACAGAAACAGGAGGGAAAGAGAGAACUGAAACUGAGUAAAUGAACUAGCAAGCCCUUGUUACUCAGCCUAGCUUUGGAGCAUUAGUACUUGAAGAGAUAGAUGGUUCAGGAACUGUACAUUUGAUUUGGUACUCAUGGACAGUUUGCUUAAAUAAAACAGCAUUUUGUCUCAA